AUGAGUAAGUUGCAUUUUGGAGAUGCUUCUCGUUCGCUGCGACUAUGCGAUCCUGGAUCGGAGGAAAUCACUCCGAUUCCGAGAUGGCGGGGUUAUGGCGGGGCGACCACGGAUGCAGCUGCGGCUCCUCUUGCCAGUGCCCUGCCGGCGCUUGCAACUGCCCUGAUGCAGCUUUCAGACACCUGA